AUGUCUGCAAUUGAAACCAGCAACAACGGCUCCUUGGAGAAGGACGUCGGCACUGCGCCCGUGGCAGCCAGUGAGACCGGCGCGCCCGUCCACCAGCAACAAAUGUCGACCGAGGAGCACGAAGUUGCGCGCGCCGCCGCCCGCUUCGGCUACGGCCCGUUGGCUCAAGUCAACACCAACGAGGCUCGUCUCCGUCCCUUCGGGGGUGAAUUCCAGCCCGGUCUGUACAAGUCCGUCGAGAGUCGCAAGUUUGCCAACCCGGCUCCCCUCGGCCUGUGCGCUUUCGCCCUGACCACUUUCGUGCUGAGCGCCAUCAACAUGGGCGCGCGUGAUCUGACUGCGCCCAACAUCGUCGUCGGUCUUGCUUUCGGUUAUGGUGGUCUCGUCCAGCUCCUUGCGGGCAUGUGGGAAAUGGCCGUUGGAAACACUUUUGGUGCUACUGCUCUGUCCUCGUAUGGCGGUUUCUGGAUUGCGUUUGCCAUCGUGUUGACCCCCGGUGGGUUCAACAUUGAGUCGUCAAUCGAAGCGGCCGGCGGCGCAGGAGCCUUCUACGACUCCAUGGGUCUGUUCCUGAUGGGCUGGUUCAUCUUCACCACCAUCUUGGUCUUCUGCACCCUGCGCUCGACCGUCGCCUUCUUCUUGCUGUUCUUCUUCCUGGACCUGACCUUCCUGCUGCUCGGCAUCGCCUACCUGCAGCGCCCCAAUGACGAGGGCACCAAUGUCGCGGUCCAGAAGGCUGGUGGCUUUUUCGGUCUGUUGGCCGCCUUUGCUGCCUGGUACAACGCCCUCGCCGGUAUCGCCGACAACAGCAACAGCUUCUUCAUCAUCCCCGUCGCCCACUUCCCCUGGUCCCCCACCGGCCGUAGCCGCCGUGGCAAGACCGACCGUGAACUGGCGUAA